UAGGAGAGGAACGUGAUUUCCAGGUAGGUUAGUAGGCUUCAGAUAGAAGUUGGGAUUUACCGAUGGACACUAUGGAAUGUGGAAAGAGGCAGCAAACAGAGGCAUUUGACAAUACCUUUUGGCCUGCCUCUUCUCUCCCUGACUGGAUGUCUGGCUUACCUGACCACCUUUCUCUUUCUAAAAUCUCCAUCCCUGGUACCCAUGACUCCAUGAGUGUACUUGGAGGCCUAAAUAUCCGUUGUCAGACUUGGCCACUUGAGGCUCAGCUAGCAGCUGGUGUGCGUUUCUUGGAUAUUCGUUGUAAGCUGGAAAAUGGCCGUUUCCUUAUUUACCAUGUCAACACAUUCCAGGAGGCAGACUUUUCUGAUGUCCUGGAAGGCACCUUAGGCUUCCUCAACCAACACCCAGGGGAAACGGUGCUUAUGCGGGUUAAGGAAGAACUCCCAUUUAUUCCCAAUGCAGAUUACGCUUCUCGCUUCCAACGUUAUUUAGUUGAAGAAGGCCAGAAUAAAAUUUGGACAAAGGAAGCCAUUCCCACUUUAAGGCAAGCUCGGGGGAAGAUCAUUAUUUUGGAGGAACUUGAGAAAGAGGUGCUAGGUGUUCCAUAUGAAGAAUUGAGUGUUAGUGAUGUGUGGCAUGUUUUCUGCCCUGAGUGCAAAUGGGAGCAAGUGAAGGAGCAUCUUGAGUUGGCAACCAGUGGUGACCCAGCUGUCCUGCACCUUACCUUUUGUUCUGGUAAUGGCCUGUUCACAAAUCCUGAGAAAUUAGCCAGAGACAUCAACCCACGCUGUUAUCAAUAUCUUAAAUCUCAGGCUGGACCAGCUCUGUGUUGGGGUGUGGUAAUCCUGGAUUUUCCCGGCACAGGAUUGAUUCGAACGAUUGUGGAAAGUAACUUUGGAACACAGCAUGAUGAUGUAACUGUUUGACAUUUGUGAUGAAAUGGUGGAAGGGGAGGAUUCUAGAAUGUUGUGCACACUAGCUUUAGAAGCUGGUAACAGUAUAUUUUUUUAAACAAACAUUGAAAAUCAAGUUUGCUUGGAAGCCACGUCCUCUAAUGGCUUCUUUGUCCUGAUCUGCAACUCAAGAAUUAUCCUGUUUCAUCUUGAAUUAUGAAUCUGGAAGAAGCCUCAACAGUGACCUUGGCCACUGCUAGCAUUGCAACAUAACCACAGUAGCAUCCCUAAUAGAUGGCCAUCCAUCAAAACUUGAAAUAAAGGAGAGCCCAUCAUUUUCAACACAUUCUAUUCCAUUUCCAAAUAGCUCAGGUCACUAGGAAGGCUCCAGAUAGAGCACAUUGUAGAAGUCCAACCAGAGGUGAUUAAGAUGUGAGUGACUAUAACUAGUCACUCAUUUGGACAAUAAAUGUGCACAAUUGAUGUAAAGGAUUUCUUGGCCACAGCUGCUCUUUAAAAAUGUUUGGCAGGAAGGAGUAAUAAUGCAUAUAAUACAGCUGUUUCGAUCUGUGGUUAAGGCACCAGGCUAGCGUGUGGGACACUGUGAGUUUAAUUCCCACCUUAGCCAUGAAAGCCAACUGGGUGACUGUGAGACUUUCACUCUCUUUCAGCCCAACCUACCUCAUAGGGUGGUUGUUGUGGCUAAAAUAGGAGGAAGAAGGUGUGUUGGAUAUAUUCACUGCUUAUAUUUGUAAACAUAAUAAAAAGGCAGGAUAUAAAUAAACAAAUAGAUAACUAUAGUUCAAUGUUCUACUUCUGGGCCCUGGUUUUUGUCCUGAAGAUGUUCAUUUGGUGCCAGGAUCUACCAUAUUCUGUUCAAAUCUAUAAAAUUCUGAUAAGAUUUCAGUUUUGAACUAUUUUUUUCAGAAACCACUGCAACCCAGUCCUAGAUUUACUGAUUAAGUGCCUUAGCUGAACUGAAAUGGUUUUGGAGUGACUGACAGGAUAAAAAAAUGUUUGAUUUUGAUUGUGGGGGAAAAGCAGAGUUUCUUCUUGAGUGUGAUUGAAUUUCCCAUCACUAAGAGGUAUCAGGAAAGGCCCCUGAAUAUCCUUGGAGAAUAAUUUUAAGAUAACUUCAUAUUCUAGCUUUUUAUAUCUACCUUUAAUUUUUAAUUUAUACAUCUUUUAUAUCUUUUAGCUUUUUAUAUUUUUUAAGCUCUUGAUGUAUCCUUUGUGCUUUUUAUUGACUGUAUCUCACUUUCCCUAUGCUGGUCUAUGGCAGUGAUAAAGAUUUGAAUUGAAGAAGUGCAGCGAAAUGGCCAAAAGGUGUUGAAAGAAAGAGAAGGGCUGUUGGGGUAAAGAGAGAAAACCAAAAAUCCAUCAUAUUUUUCAGCCAAAAGACACUGAGCUAUCAGAGCUUUACCAUGGAUCUCCUCGACUCAAGUUUAUAAAAAUAGGUGUAGAAUUCCGUUUCAAUUUCUAAUGCAAUUUAGAGAUAGUAACCAUUUUUUCUGCCUUUGUUGUUCAAUGUAUCUUGUAAAAGAGGCUUUAAGAGAAGUGCCCUUCUCAAAAGAACUAAAACCAAAAACAUUCUUUGAAGAGGAAAACAUUGUUUAAAAAUACAUAUCUUCACAAUGCAAUCAGUUAGGUUAAC